UUAUGGCCGAGGCGGCGGCAGCGGCGCGUGUGUAGCGGCGGCGACGGCGGGCGGGAGCGCGGAGGAGGUGGAAAGAAGGGGGGCGCUGUCACGGAGACUCCGGCCGCCGGAGACCCCGCCGCAGAGAGGCCACUGGGCUCCCCGGUCGCGAGGCGUAAGCGGCGUCGACCCGGGAUUCCAGUGGGACCCACCGGGCGGAGGAGGGGGCCUAUCUACCCUUCCGCAUUUUCCUGGGUCUCUCUCCCGGGCGGUGACGUGACGUGCUGACGGCGGGCCCGUGCCGGGGAGCUGGGCCGCUUUUUGUCAGCUCCGAGCUCGGCCCCUCCUCCCUCCCUCCGCCCGCCCCACCAGCCGGAGCCCGGCCCAGUGCUCCAGAGAAAGGCCGGCCUGCAGCACCCGCCACCGUCGCCGCCCGCCCGCACGCCCGUCCGGAGCUGUGACUGAUGAGAAUUAAAGGCCAUGGAUGAAGAUGGACUUGAAUUACAACCACAAGAGCCAAACUCAUUUUUUGAUGCAACAGGUGCUACACACAUGGAUGGUGAUCAGAUUGUUGUGGAAGUACAAGAAACUGUUUUCGUUUCAGACGUUGUGGAUUCAGACAUAACUGUGCAUAACUUUGUUCCUGAUGAUCCAGAUUCAGUGGUAAUCCAAGAUGUUAUUGAGGACGUUGUUAUAGAAGAUGUGCAGUGCCCAGAUAUCAUGGAAGAAGCAGAUGUGUCUGAAACGGUCAUCAUUCCUGAGCAAGUGCUGGACUCAGAUGUAACCGAAGAAGUUUCUUUAGCACAUUGCACAGUCCCAGAUGAUGUUUUAGCUUCCGACAUUACUUCAGCGUCAAUGUCUAUCCCAGAACACGUCCUGACAAGCGAAUCCAUCCAUGUGUCUGACGUUGGACACGUUGAACACGUGGUUCACGAUAGUGUAGUAGAGGCAGAAAUCGUCACUGAUCCUCUGACAACUGACGUAGUUUCCGAAGAAGUAUUGGUAGCAGAUUGUGCCUCCGAAGCGGUCAUAGAUGCCAACGGGAUCCCUGUGGCCCAGCAGGAUGAUGACAAAGGCAACUGUGAGGAUUACCUUAUGAUUUCCUUGGAUGAUGCUGGCAAAAUAGAACACGACGGUUCCUCUGGAAUGACCUUGGAUGCGGAGUCGGAAAUCGAUCCUUGUAAAGUGGAUGGCACUUGCCCAGAAGUCAUCAAGGUGUACAUUUUUAAAGCUGACCCCGGAGAGGAUGACUUAGGUGGCACCGUAGACAUUGUGGAGAGCGAGCCUGAGAAUGAUCAUGGAGUUGAACUACUUGAUCAGACUAGCAGUAUUCGUGUGCCAAGGGAAAAGAUGGUUUAUAUGACUGUCAAUGACUCUCAGCAAGAAGAUGAAGACUUAAAUGUUGCUGAAAUUGCUGAUGAAGUUUAUAUGGAAGUGAUUGUAGGAGAAGAGGAUGCUGCUGCCGCAGCGGCAGCCGCCGCCGCACAUGAACAGCAAAUCGAUGACAAUGAAAUCAAAACCUUUAUGCCAAUAGCAUGGGCAGCAGCUUACGGUAAUAAUUCUGAUGGAAUUGAAAACCGGAAUGGCACUGCAAGUGCCCUCUUGCACAUAGAUGAGUCUGCUGGGCUCGGCAGACUGGCUAAACAAAAACCAAAGAAAAGGAGAAGACCUGAUUCCAGGCAGUACCAAACAGCAAUAAUUAUUGGCCCUGAUGGACAUCCCUUGACUGUCUAUCCUUGCAUGAUUUGUGGGAAAAAGUUUAAGUCAAGAGGUUUCUUGAAAAGGCACAUGAAAAACCAUCCUGAACACCUUACCAAGAAGAAGUACCGCUGUACGGACUGUGAUUACACUACCAACAAGAAGAUAAGUUUACACAACCACCUGGAGAGCCACAAGCUGACCAGCAAGGCAGAGAAGGCCAUUGAAUGCGAUGAGUGUGGGAAGCAUUUCUCUCAUGCUGGGGCUUUGUUUACUCACAAAAUGGUGCAUAAGGAAAAAGGAGCCAACAAAAUGCACAAGUGUAAGUUUUGUGAAUAUGAGACAGCUGAACAAGGGUUAUUGAAUCGCCACCUUUUGGCGGUCCACAGCAAGAACUUUCCUCAUAUUUGCGUGGAGUGUGGUAAAGGUUUUCGUCACCCAUCAGAGCUCAAAAAGCACAUGCGAAUCCACACUGGGGAGAAGCCGUACGAAUGCCAGUACUGCGAAUAUAGGUCUGCAGACUCUUCUAACUUGAAAACGCAUGUAAAAACUAAGCACAGUAAAGAGAUGCCAUUCAAGUGUGACAUUUGUCUUCUGACUUUCUCAGAUACCAAAGAGGUGCAGCAACAUGCUCUUAUCCACCAAGAAAGCAAAACACACCAGUGUUUGCAUUGCGACCACAAGAGUUCGAACUCAAGUGAUUUGAAACGACACAUAAUUUCAGUUCACACGAAGGACUACCCCCAUAAGUGUGACAUGUGUGAUAAAGGCUUUCACAGGCCUUCAGAACUCAAGAAGCAUGUGGCUGCCCACAAGGGUAAAAAAAUGCACCAGUGUAGACAUUGUGACUUUAAGAUUGCAGAUCCAUUUGUUCUAAGUCGCCAUAUUCUCUCAGUUCACACGAAAGAUCUUCCGUUUAGGUGUAAGAGAUGCAGAAAGGGAUUUAGGCAACAAAAUGAGCUUAAAAAGCAUAUGAAGACACACAGUGGCAGGAAAGUGUAUCAGUGUGAGUACUGUGAGUAUAGCACUACAGAUGCCUCAGGCUUUAAACGGCAUGUGAUUUCCAUUCAUACAAAAGACUAUCCUCACCGAUGUGAGUACUGCAAGAAAGGGUUCCGAAGACCUUCCGAAAAGAACCAGCACAUCAUGCGGCAUCAUAAAGAAGUUGGCCUGCCCUAACAAUACUUCUUCAGACAUUUGCAGAGAUGUUGGCCUUGAAGCAGAAAAUUAAUUUUAAAGCCAGUCUCUUUCACAUAAAAUACUGUAUAUUGAUUUAUGCCGUGUACAAAUAGAAGUAUUGCCUCUAGUUGACUUUUUUUUUACAUUUUGUUCAACAGUGUGUUCUGAUUUCUAUUCAGUUUGUUUAAUCAGCGGGGAAAAGCAGCAACAAGCAAAGUUGCUUUUAAUAAAGUAAUCCCUGAUUCUAUACUGAAGUUUUCUAUCUUAGAAGUUUUAUAUUUAUUUAAAUAUUUACCUUGCUUACCUUCAUGGUACUCUUCUAAGAUCAUUUAACUUAAAGUUAAGGUAACUUUAGAUUGAUUACUCCAAAAGUAAUCAUCUUGACUCAUUUUUCCCCCCAUAUUUUUCUCACAAUAAAAUUGUCAGAGACAUCUACUAACAUAAAAUGGGAGAUUUUACCGCCAGGUCUAAUUAUACUAACAUGGCUGUCAUUUACUUGUCUUGCUUAAUCUUUUCAGACUACGUGACAAUGAAAGUUUCCACUUGCGCUUUUGCAUCCCUGGCAUUGCUGAGUAAAGAACAGUGGCUGGGUUUGUGUUUACUUUUCAUUUUGUUUAGCAGAUGAAAUAUACUUUGGGGGGGGCUUUCUUUGGAGUAUUUACAUCUUUUGUCAGCGUAGCAAACUUUCAGUAAACUUUAUUGAAAAAUUUUGCUUGAUCCUGUUGUAUUUUGAUCAUUUUGUCUGUGCUGCUUUGUCUUGGAAUGGUUGUGUGCUACCAAUGAGACUUAUUGAGGACUGCAUUUUGGAAUCUCCUAGAGGUAAUUUGUGGCUCAUAGAAUCUUUUGCAACUUUAUAUAUGUAAAUGUACCCUGAAUUAUAUAUAUGCACAUAUAUAUAUAUAUAUA